AGCCUUCUCUUCUCUCUCCUCUCUCUCACUCACUCUCUCUCUCCUCUCUCUGUGUACACGGUAGAGAUCCAGGUCUGUCUUCAUCUUCUCUUAGAAGAAGAAUACAGGAUAAGGACGGAGACUUCGUUUUGAGUUUGAUGAUGAUGUUUCUGUACGAAGAUGUAUAGAAUAGAAUACAGUUAGUUUAAUCCAUUUGUGAAGCCAGGGCAUCUGAGACCCCUAGGGUUUUGUUUGUUUGGUUCGGUGGCGAUCUGAGAUCCGUUCGUUGUUCCGAGAGGACAGCGGAUUUGACGAUCCGGGUUUUGGUUUUUCGUUGCGUGCCCUGCUGGAGAGCGCCAAUGGCGAGCGGGUUCGCGGCUCCCGUUACUGCAGUUCAGGUUGGUUCGUACUUCGUUGGACAGUACUAUCAGGUUCUUCAACGGCAACCGGAUUUGGCACAUCGCUUCUACACUGACGCAAGCUCGAUGAUGCUGGUUGAUGGGGAUUCAAGUGAGUCUGCUUCGGGAAUGUUGCAAAUUCAUGCACUUGUCAUGUCACUGAAUUUUACGGGAAUUGAGGUCAAGACAAUAAACUCUCUCGAAUCUUGGAAUGGAGGUGUUCUUGUGGUGGUUUCAGGUUCUGUUCGAGCCAAGGAUUUUAGUGGCAGCAGGAAGUUUUUUCAAACGUUUUUGCUUGCACCACAGAACAAAGGUUACUUUGUUCUGAAUGACAUCUUCCACUUUAUUAAUGAAGAUGUGGUCCCUCAGUCCACGGGAUCUAUAUUUUCUGAAAGCAAGAUUGAGCUCCAGAUUGCUUCCUCAAGUCCUCUUCCAGAGCCACCAGUGACUGAGUAUGGGUUUGGAGAAGAGGCCAGUGAGUAUGUGAACUCAGUUCAUAUUGAAGGGGAUGAUCAACUUGAUGAGUAUGGUCUUGAAGAGCAGGAUCAGCAGCAGUAUCAAAAUGAGCUAGAGCAACCACAAGGUUCUGCUCCUGAAACUGUUACUGUAUUGGAGGAAACUCCUGAAGAAGAAGUUCCUCCUUUGCUUCAAAAUGUGCCAGAAGUUGUGCCAGAACCUGUUCAGUCUGUUGAGGAACCUGUUGGAGAGCCUGAAAAAUUAACAUAUGCUUCAAUAUUACGAGUUCCUAAAGGGCAAUCUGUUCCCUCUGUUUCUUCUCGGCCAUCUUUUCCGAAGAAUGCCCCACUUGCUUCUGAAUGGCAUCAGCCACAGCCAGUUGCACAACGUACCAAUUUGCCCGAGCCUAGUUAUGAGGCAGUUGAUGAAAAUCCAUCACUUGAAGAAGAAGGUGAAUCCAAAUCUGUCUAUGUGAGGAACUUGCCUCCUACCAUUUCUGCUGCUGAUAUUGAGCAUGAGUUUAAAACCUUUGGGAGAAUCACCCCUGAUGGCGUGUUCAUCAGGAACAGAAAGGACAUUGGUGUGUGCUAUGCCUUUGUUGAGUUUGAAGAUCUUCAGGCUGUUCAAAAUGCAAUCAAGGCAUCACCUAUACAAUUGGCUGGAAGGCAAGUCCAUAUCGAGGAGAGGAGAGCAAACAGCAGUGGUGCUCCAAGAGGUGGCAGAAGGGGGAGGGGCGGCAGAGGAAGUUCCCAAUCCGAGGCUCUCAGAGGGCGGUUCUCAGGGCGGAGUUUUGGGAGGGGAGGCAGUCAAGAGGCAAGAGGCAAUGGUUUCCGUGGUUCGUACUGAAAAUGGGCAUAUAGUUUACCCCACAAGCCACGGUAUAGAAUUUUAGACUGAGGCAGAUGAUGGGUCAGGAACAUGGUCUUUAAGGGCCAGAGUUGCCUUUGUAUGGUUUUGCGGAAACAUGUAGUUUUGGUUUGGGUCGUGUAGUGUGGAUUUUUUUUUUUUGCAUGAAUGUCUGAGACACAUUUGUUUCCAAUUUUUCUGUCCUUUUUUGUGUUGGCCCCUUGGUUGUCUUUUAUCAUGCAAUUCAAGGGGGGAUUUUGAGCUGGGCGGCUAGCUAGGCUAGCUAGCUAGUGAAUGCCCUUGUAAACGCUGGUUUUAUCAAUGGCUGGCUGGCUGGCUACAUGCAACUCUUUCGUUCUUUCUUGUUUUCUA